CUUGUAUUAGUACUGGGGAAAUUGCGGAAGCGAUCACUGACAACGCAAGGGAUAAUUUUUCCAAGACUGUGGGGCUAUGCAUGGGAUACGUUCAAGCCUGGGAUGUACCCCAAAGCUCACCUCCUCAACAAGGGAUGAGUUUCUCCCAAGACCAUCAACUACUUGUAACUGGACAAGCUUAUGUGGUGCCUUUUUUGUUGAAAUUGGAGGAUAUCUAUGAGCCAAUUAAAAAAGCCAACAAUAUCACUCAGAAUAUAAUAUAUAAUUUAGAUGAAAUUGAGGGAGAUGAUUUUAUCUUGUUUACCUCUUUGAUUUCUCAGCAUAUCCUGGCUUUUCAAGAAAGAUUUAAAAAUUUGCAUGCUUCAAUGCAGGAUUUCCUAAUGCAUAUUGUGGCCAAUGACAUUCCUCAACCUAGAAGGAAAAAAGGGGGCAAUAAAUUUUAUAGGAUCUUUUGCAAACACAUUAUUUGGGACUGCUACACAAGAUCAAGUUGAUUUUAUUCAUAAAAGAUUACAAUCGUUAGACUCCUUCACAGAAGAGGAAAGAAAACUCCUCAAUGUUCAUUCCCAUGUUAUCAAUGUCACUCUCAAUGAACUAACAAAUGUUCAUCAAGCAUUAGAAAAACUAGAAACUGCUACCCGUGUUACUAAGACCCUUAUGACUAAGAUGGAAAAACAUAUAGAAAAUAAUGAAAAAUCCAUUCUUUCACUGGAAAUUUUACUGCAUGUCCAGCUAGCCUUGACAUCCAUUGCAGCUGAUCAUAUUAAUUUUAAGAUAGGAUUACAAAGUAUGAUGGAAACCCAUAUUUCUCCUAAUAUUGUGACAAAUGCAUUUUUACUACAACUUUUAGAUGAGAUAUCAGUUAAACAUGAGUUAUUGUUUCCUCCUAAACCAGAAUAUUUAGGAUUACACAGAGCUGCUAUUCGUGUAAUCCAUAAGACUGCAUUACAUGACUUGAGCUUCUACUUACUCGUUCCUUUGCGAGGAAUUCCAGCUGACACCUUUGAUGUCUUCAGGAUGACCUCCCUUCCCUUUCCUAUUUCUAAGUCAGAUGCUUUUUUAAUGCAUCAACCUUCAAGGAAAUAUUUAGUGAUUAACAAGGCAAGAAAUCAAUUUUUUUUGACUGAUGAUUUUGAUGAUUGUAGGAUGUCUGAUGAUAUAUUGAUAUGUCCUCCCAACCAACCUAUAUAUUCCACUAACACUGAUUGUUGUGAGGUUGCUAUUUUUCUGCACAAGCCUUCUGUCUCUGAUAUAUGUAACACGCUGAUUGUGAAGUCUUUCAAGCCUAUUUUUGUUGAUCAGCCAUCUGGGUGGAAUUAUGCCACAAGCAAACCACUAGAUAUUACUGUGAAUUGUAAAAACUCCAUUCCUACUACUAGACACAUUAUUAAUGGUACUGGCCUUCUGAAACCGCUGGCGAAACAGUCCCCUCCUACGGCACUCGACUGGCACAACUGGAAGGACUGGCUCUGGAUCCUGUUGCCUAUUGGGGUCAUCGCGGCCGGCCUGGUGGCCUACCGCAUCUACCGACCCUGUGCACUCCUUGGCUUGGCACAGGCUGCGCCAGCCCAGGUGACUGUCAGCACACAACGCCAGCUCAAAACAGAGAACACCGCUUAUCACGCAUGCCCUCACCACUAG